AUGCCGUCUUCUAGUAAACGCCGGCGACACCACUCCUCUGAUGAUUCUUCGCCGGACCCCGCUUCCGAUUCCAAGCGCCGUAGCCGUAGCCGUAGCCGUCGCCGGGAUCCGGAAAGCGAUUCAGAUGGGCCGUCCAAGCGCAGGAGUAGUAGAAGGAUAACGGAUGAAGAAAUUGCAGAGUAUAUGGCUAAGAAGGCCCAGAAAAAGGCGUUGAAAGCGGCUAAGAAAUUGAAGGCGCAGACUGUCUCGGGAUAUUCCAAUGAUUCGAAUCCCUUUGGAGAUUCUAAUCUCAAUGAAAAAUUUGUUUGGAGGAAGAAAAUUGAGCGUGAUGUUUCACAAGGCGUUCCUCUUGAUGAGUUCUCCGUGAAAGCAGAGAAGAAGCGGCAGAGAGAACGAAUGGCUGAAAUCGAGAAGGUUAAAAAGAGAAGAGAAGAGCGAGCUAUUGAGAAAGCACAACGUGAGGAAGAAAUGGCACUUUUGGCAAGAGAUCGUGCCCGAGCUGAGUUCCAAGACUGGGAGAAGAAAGAGGAAGAGUUUCACUUUGACCAAAGCAAAGUUAGGUCAGAGAUCCGGUUACGCGAAGGUCGUACCAAGCCGAUUGAUAUACUCACUAAACAUCUAGAUCCUUCAGAUGAUUUUGAAGUAGAGAUAAAUGAACCGUACAUGGUGUUUAAGGGUUUGACUGUAAAAGAAAUGGAAGAGCUUCAUGAUGACAUAAAGUUGCACCUUGAUCUUGACAGGGCUACUCCUACGCACAUAAAAUAUUGGGAGGCCCUUCUAGUAGUUUCUGAAUGGGAACUAGCUGAAGCUAGGAAAAAAGAUGCAUCAGAACGUGCCAGGGUGCGCGGGGAGCAAUUACCUCCGGAGAUGAUUGGCCAGGAAAGAGGUUUGCAUUCAAGCGUUGAAGCAGAUGUUAGAAAUCUUUUACAAGGAAAAACUUAUGGUGAACUAGAAGCCCUGCAAUCCCAGAUAGAAUCGCAAAUGCGAUCUGGGACUGCCAAGGUUGUCGAAUACUGGGAGGCAAUCCUCAAACGCCUCCACAUAUACAAAGCAAAGGCUUGUUUGAAAGAAAUCCAUGCCAAAAUGCUUCGGACGCGUUUGGAGCGCUUAGAGACUACACAAUCUGAAGGUGAAAAUAACAAGGACGAAUUGACACAAGAACUUGAUGAGAAGGAUUCUGAUCAAGAAAUAGAGGGAUCGAUUUCUCCAAUGCCUUUAAUGGAAGCAGAGGUCUCUGAUGAAGAAGAAUUAGUUGGAUCAUAUUCUCCACUGCAGCUGCAUGGUGAUGAAAAUGAAGAAAAUGCAAUUGACCCUGAAGAGGACAAGGCUAUUUUGGAGAGGAGACGCAAUGCUGUAUUAGAAGAGAGACGCAUUCAAGAACUUUCCUUGAGGCCAACGGCUCAUCCUGAAGAUAACUUUGAGAAAAGUGCUAUGAAAUCCAUGGGAGCCAUGGAGGAAGGUGAUGUUGUAUUUGGUACAAACGAUGAAAUUAAUCUUGAUUCCCAGGUAUAUUGGUGGCAUGAUAAAUAUCGGCCAAGAAAGCCCAAGUAUUUCAACCGUGUUCACACGGGCUAUGAGUGGAACAAAUACAACCAAACGCAUUAUGAUCACGACAAUCCACCUCCCAAAAUCGUUCAGGGAUACAAGUUCAACAUUUUCUACCCUGAUCUGGUUGACAAGUCCAAAGCUCCUACUUACACCAUUGAGAAGGAUGGGGAUAGUUCAGAGACUUGCAUAAUUAGAUUCCACGCCGGGCCCCCGUAUGAGGACAUCGCUUUCCGCAUUGUCAAUAAAGAAUGGGAGUACUCGCACAAAAAGGGAUUUAAAUGUACAUUUGAGCGUGGGAUAUUACAUGUAUACUUCAACUUCAAACGCUAUCGUUAUCGCCGGUGA